AUGUCAAUGGCGGACGUGACGUCAGCGCGAAGCACUCCCGCGCCGGACGCGUGCCCGGAGUGCAAUACUGCAGCUUCCGUCACUUCCGAUUUGCAUAAGUAUCAGGUGGCGUGUACAUGCAAGCCAGCAUCAGCACAAUACGCAUGCGCAGAUGAUCCCGGCCCUCCGCCCCCCGCGAAAACGGACACCCCACCGGCGUUACCCCCUCGACCGCCAACCAGUGUUUUGGCUACUAAUCGACGAAAUAAUGCCUCUGUCGGCUGCAACGGAAACGAGACGACAUGCCGUCGCAAGAAGUACGCAUGGUGGUGUUGCGGUUGCGGUGCGCUGGCUGCAGCAUUGGGCGGGCUGCUUGCUGCACAGCACAUCCUGCUGCGUGCGUAUACUGCGUCACCACACCACUUGGAGACUGUUCCCGCUGCUGUACCGGCUGCCAUGUUGGUGCUGACGGGCGUCUGCAUAAUGAGCCUGGCCCGCAGAAGAAACCGGUACAGCUAUAUGGUGAGAAAAAUAAAAGUGGUCGGGGCCUGCUGUCUUGUAUGUGCGUUGACCUGUGUUCUGGUCACUAUUACUACCACAGUUAUACAUAUGAAUAAGCUUCAAACACUAAAAUUCUGCGAAUACACGAAAUUGACGAGGACCUGCUCGUGCUUCUCAAUGCCUCCUGACUCGCAGCACAGUGGUAGUGAUGAUGAUGGAGUCCGUUGCGUCUUCGAAGGUGUCACAGAUUGUGGUGUGGUCCACGGAGCCCUGUACUGGUGUCUUCGCGGAGUGUUCGCUUUAUCUGUGACCGCUGUUCUUGUCUGCAUCUUCAGUUGUAUGCUGGCUUACCAGUUGCUAAGGUAA